AUGGAUGUUAUUCGAGGCGCUUGCUCCAAAGACAAGGUGGGUGGCAUGGUCUACAUACGAGAGGAUAUCGUGCCGUCAAUGCUAGAAUGGAAAGCCGUUGAGGACGAAAAAAACACCCUAGCAAUACCUUUGAAUAAGCUCGUAGCCCUCCAAGCUUCCAAAGAAUCAAGUCCCAAAAUGAUGCUAAAGAUAAGUUACAAGUUAGACGAUCAAGCGGAACAAGAGCCGACAAAAAUGACACUCCAUUUCAACAACCGGCCCACCAUGAAUAACAUCAAGGAUGCUUUACAGACAAUCGUUGCUAGAUCAAGAACCAGAGUUGAAGGGUCGUCAAUCACUCCAACGCCACAGAGUGAAGGAUCUAGUCGACCUGGGUCUUCCUCUGGUACGCCCAGACCUGGUUUAGCUGGAACAGCAACUGAAUCUGGCUCAUCAACGACUCCCGGAGCAGCAUCCAUCUCCAGUGCAUUCAAUUUAACACAUGAACAAUUGACCGAUGCCAGUUUACUCAAAAACUUUGAGCUACAGCAAAAGCUAUUACUAGAGGAUAAGAACUUGAGAAACACAUUCACCAAAUCAGUGAUGCAGUUCAAAUUGUCACCCACCAUGUUCUGGUCAAGUCGAAUAAACCAGUUACGAACAUUUGCACUAACGAUAUCACAACAUCGAGGUCCAUACAAUGUCCUAAGCACAAUCAAACCGGUAGCGACAUCAGAUAAUCAAGUGAAUGUCAAUGUUACACGUAGCACCAUUAGUGAGAUUUUCGACAUUUACCCCAUUAUCAAAAAGGCAUUUACCGAUUUAGUGCCCCAGAAGUUACUGGAGGGAGAAUUUUGGUCACGUUUUUUCAACUCCAAAUUGUUCCGAAGGUUGCGAGGAGACAAGAUUGGGUUGUAUAGUGGAAGAGGUGAUGUCAUAUUGGACAAGUACUUGUACAUUGAUGAAGAUAGCUUGAAUGAAGAACAUCGAAAUGCUAAACGAGGCGAAGAAGAAGAAGCAAAUUCUCCCAAAAGACAAAAAUUGGCAAACGCAGAUCCAAACACUGGGCUGAGUAGCUUUAUAAAUGAGCCACCAGUGAAUAAGUUUCUUGACUUGUUUGGUAAUCAAGAAGACAAUUCCCAGAAAUUGGGUAACCGACCCGAUAUGACAAUGCGAUACGAGGAUGAUGCGACAAAGGCACUCAAUAUAAGGUCUGGCUCCUCUGGAAGGGAAAAUGAGAUGAUUAUAUUGAUGAAGAAUAUGAAUAAAUUGUCGUCCAAAAUGAUGAGUAUGAGUGGCGUUGAAAAUCCGGCUAAACCUGAAAAAGCUGUCGAUGGAUUAUCUGCUGCUGAGGUCAAUGAAUAUGAAGAGGAGUUGGAUUUACAUGACUUGAAUAUGGUCAAUGAAACAAAGUAUGUAAAGUUGAACAUCAAUUCCAACAAUAUCAAGCCUAGUGGAGUAGAUGAAGAUGACAGCAGCAGCAGCAACAACAACAACCCACACGAUGGAGAAACCAUUAAUGUUGAAAUGAAUGACUUUAAUAUGGUGUCCUACUUGCAAGGCCAAAUCCCCACACAAUCAAUAAUUGAUUUGUCGGAUACAUUUAAAGGUAAAGAAGAAGAUAUCAGUAAAACGUCAAUUGAGAUAUCACAACUCGUUAGACAAAAUUACAAGACUUUCAAACUGGUCAAUAAAGAGGACUCAUUGAUGUUUCACAACCCACCUCAUAACAUCGUGCCUGAUGCCAUGUAUCAAGAAAUCAUCACUUACAAUAUAACAAUUGUUGAGUUUUUGUCUCAUUUUUGGAAAUUGUUCUUGAAUGGAAACAAUCCAACCCAGUUAAAGAAGCUUUUCACGAGUAUAAAAAACUGUCAAGUUUCACUAACCAGUUUCAAAGAGAAGAGUUUGCAACAGUUGGAUGCUAUUGACAUAGUUACACUGAAUGAAAAGUUGAAAGACAAGAUUCAUAAGGAUUUUGACGCGUGUUUGGAACCAAUGGAGAUUAGUUUGAGCACAGCUUUGAAGAAGUAUGCUGAAGCUGUCAAGAAAGCAAAUACCAGAGAGCAGAAUGGGUCGGAAACUCAACGUGAGACGGCCAGCUGA